AUGGCCCCUCCUCUGGCAUCAGCGCAGCCCGAGCACCGGACAUCCGACCCCUCUUCCCCACAACCCGCAGGUGCGCAGGCCGGGCACGUCGAUAAAAACAGAAAGUCGUUGCGCUCGUCCAUGACAGCUUCAGAGGCCAAGGGAGACAAUUCUAGAAAAUCGCGACCCAGUCGUCGUGCUGAAAAGGAGACCGAGGCUCCCAAACUUCGAAUGCGAACAAAGUUCCUCAAGGUGCCACCGAAGGUGCCGACGGGGGCAUGA